AAUGCACUCGGAGGUCAGGCGUAAUCUUGUCUCUACCUCUACCGCCAGCGCAACACCGCCGUACACGAAUCUGUAGCUAUCCGAAGAAUACGAAUACGUCUUGUCAUAAUUAAUAGAUUUUUUUUCGGCUAAUGCCUCUUCCGCUUGCCGAUAGAAUACGACAUAUAGCGUUUCCGCCGCCCCCGAGGUAUCCGCAAUCCUGACAGGUCCUGCAGUGGAUGUUGCUACCGCCGCGAACUUACCUGCUCGCGCAAACAGCAGACGAAGGGAGUAGGAGGACUGUGCCGUUUCUGGUAUACGGCUCGACGCUCCAGGAAGAAGAACGCGCGCUCAGGAAAGCAAGAGAUAUGUUACUGGUUCACCAGACUGGUAGCGUCAAGGUUGGCGAGGUAAUACGUUAUACUAUCACCUAUACCCCUUCCGCCGACCGCAUACUUCCGAUUCCUCCACAUCUUCAUGUAAAGGUGAAGAACACCUCGGCCAUCCCGCUUCGCGCUGCUUACCUACACGGCCCAUACACGAUUCAUGCCUCCGCAUACCCCUCCACCUACAAUCCAAAUCAGAAGGUUGAAAACCCUAAGCGCGAUGGAAUACCGGCAUUCGAACCAAAUGUAAAGGCAGGAGGGUCUUGGAACGCGCGACUUACGAUUCCCGAGGAUAUUCGCGAUGUUGAAGGUGGCGCCCUCAAGACCGAUAAACAUGGCGAGGCUAAAAAGAUGACGUGGAUAGUAGAGGUUUCUUCGCAGGUGAUGUUCUCGAAGACUGCAUCUGUGAACUUCGAGGUGCUGGUCUCGCGCGACGAGAGAUCUCUGGAGAUCGGGUUUGCUUCCGUGACUGGUGGGGGAGGAAAACCGCAGUCAGGCCAACUGCACGACCACCAGCAAGGCAAGCACAAGGGGCAAGGUAGCCAAGGCAUGUCCCAGAAGGGCGUAUACUCAAAAGCCAUAGAAUUGGUCGUCGAUGACACACAAAGUCUUUGGAAUAAACCUGCACUGCCAACGUGGGACGACGAGAAGAACGAGGAACAGCAUGAGCAGGAAACAAGCGAGCGGAAGGAGAGAGCACAGAGGAGAGUUCACCUCGUUGUUGUGACGCAUGGUCUGCAUAGCAACCUUGGUGCAGAUAUGCUAUAUCUCAAGGAGAGCAUAGAUGCCACUGUCAAAAAUGCAAGAGUUGCAGCAAGGGAGCGACGCAAGGCUGGGGCAGUCCCCAAACGGAAAUCGAGUGCGGCGUCUGCUGAGAAAGAGCCCGGUCCCAAAAGCGAGGAAGAGGCUGGUCCAUCGAUAGCUCCUCUCUCCGGAGGUCAAGAAGAUCUAGACAAUACGGCUAAUCAGGACGACGAGGACGACGACGAGGAAGUCAUCGUGAGGGGGUUUUCAGGCAACGCAGUACGGACCGAGAAGGGCAUUCAAUACCUAGGCAAGCGCCUUGCGAAGCACGUCUUGAGCAUGACGUACCCAGAUCAGCCGUUCAUGCCUAUCAAGAGAACCCUUGCUGACAAGAUGUCGGAGACCUUCUCGCCCUCGUCUAAGCCGCCGUCAGGAGAAGGUCCGGAAGUCCAUCCACAUAGUAGUAUACACCACCCUGAUGUGAAAAAGAAGAAGCGGGCCUAUCGCUUUGCCCAUAUUAGUUUCAUUGGUCAUUCUCUGGGUGGUCUUACGCAGAUGUAUGCGAUUGCGUACAUCCAGAAGCAUUCCCCGAAAUUCUUUGAAAUCAUCGAACCUGUAAACUUCAUAGCACUCGCCUCGCCUUUCCUUGGACUCAGCAAUGAGAAUCCUGUGUAUGUUAAGUUUGCCUUAGAUUUCGGACUUGUGGGAAAGACAGGACAAGACCUUGGCCUUACCUGGACUGCACCUACGAUAGCUAAGAACGGGUGGACAAGCAUAGUGAGCGGUUUCGGGAACAACGACCAGAAAGAAAAGAGAGGACCUGAUCCAGGGGCAAAGCCUGUGCUCAGAAUCUUACCGACUGGACCUGCGCAUCAUGUCUUACGUCUGUUUAGGAACAGAACAGUGUAUUCUAAUGUGGUGAAUGAUGGCAUCGUCCCACUACGAACGAGUUGUCUCCUCUUUUUAGACUGGCGAGGUAUCGGGCGUGUGGAUAAAGCACGUAGAGAAAACGGUCUCAUUGGUACUGUUGCAGAAUGGGGCUUCGCUCAACUUUCGGGACAGAACACUUCGCCCAAUCCCUCGAAACCAAGUUUGGAGCUACCACCACCUCAAAAUCCAAAGAUAAGCAGCAGGACGCAGUCUCCUUCCGGGGCAUCUGGUGACGGUAGCGACACUGCUGUUCCGUUGCCUGGAGAAGACACCACAAAUCUGGAUGACACCAUGCAGACCAAGCAAACGACUGGUGACGCGGAACCUGCGUCGAGUCAAUUUAUCAAGAAAGACCAUGAACAUGAGAUGAAGCCGCGUAGACGAGAAUCGAGACCAAAGCAGGAGUCCCUCAUUCUUAGCGGAGCUAACACGCUGUCAAGAUUUUUGAGUUUCCUCCAACCUAGUGGAGCACAUACCGCAAAGGACUCAAAGAUGUUCAAGCGAAGCCAGACUAUCAAGAUGGCACAACCGGAUUCAAGUGCCGAACAAAGCUCAGACGAGGCCCCCGCGAGCGAACAACCCCUAUCUCAAGAUUCUUCCCCUGAAGAGACAUCGCCAAAGAAGAAGCCAAAGAGACCUAAAGCAUCAAGAGGUGACUCAAUGCUAAACAAUCCGGAAGAAAGAGGCGCUCCACCAAAGACCACUAUCUUUGAGUCUGCGGGUGAUCUUAUCAACCCACCCAUUCCGCCAACCUCGUGGCUGAUAGAUCCAUCUACGCGUUCACGUACCAUUUUCCACGAUAGAGUGUACCAUCCCGAGGACAUUCCUCCACCACCUCCCAAAUCCAAGAGCGGACGAACCUUCGGUAGCGUGGACAGUGCUUCCUCCUCUAAAACUGAAGAUAGUGGUGCUGAAGAUAGUGGCGGUAUGAGGGUCGAGGAAAAGAUUGCGCGCGCUUAUCAUAAGGAUCUUUCAUGGCGAAAAGUCUUGGUUAGGCUCGAACCUGAUGCGCACAACAACAUUGUCGUUAGACGCAUGUUCGCCAACGCGUAUGGCUGGCCGGUGAUCAAGCACUUAUGCGACACUCACUUUGGUGAUACCUACUCUGCAAAGACCCGGGAUGAGGAUGAGGCUGCUGUAGACCGAGCUCCUCGGAUGAGUAAAGGCGUCGGACCAAGCGGCGAGGAGGUCGACGGCCAGCAGCAGGUAGAAUCACCCGAUCGCGAUCCGAGUGACAUGCGCGAGGAGGCAGACGAAUUAAAACCUCUGCGAGAAUUCGAAAAGACUGAUGACCCCGUGGCGAGGCAGAGAUUGAAGAGACAGAAUACCGACCUGUGGGACGAUUCGUACUUCGAAGACAGCGGCGACGACGACUCAGACACGGAAACGGAUGAUCGCAAUCCUAUCGCGAGAUACUUCAACCCAAGUCAGUCAUCUAAGAAGCGGGUUCCGGGAAACUCUGGAUCACCGACCUCUGAUCAGGUUGGUACAUCGCCUGGCGAAAUCGCCAAAUUCCUCACUGCUUCGCCAGCCAUGGAAGGUCAUCGUGGUCUGUCACCCACGCAGGCAGCGCAAAAGUCGUCAGUAGGUCUGGAAACAGCCUCGCCAGUAUCGCCAACCUACUCCGCAGACGCGCCUGGUGCCAUAACAGGUCAACAAUCUGAUACAUUGAAGGCUUCAUCUCCUCGCGAUGCCGAUUCGUUACAGAGUAUGCUACCAGGGGAACCGCUUGUACAAAGUCCGCCGCACGAGACGGAAGAGGAGAGGCCGAAGACGGGCGGCAGCACAAGUAGUGUCGGACUUGGGAAGAGCAUCGAAGAGCAAUUGCAUAGUCCGGCCUUGAGCACACAUCGGAGAAGUAGCAGUGGAGUCGGGGAGCAGGUCACUCGAUUGAGUAUGGAAGGGAAGAAGUGAGCGGAAGUUUGCCAGUUUGUUUCUUGCACAUAUUUCGCACAGCAUAUAAAGCAUUACUGGCUUAACGUACUAAGUUGAUGCCAUGGUAUGAUAUUCUAAUAUAUAUGUUUUGGUCGU